AGCUGCACUCUGCACACUGAAAAUGCAACGACCGGCCAGCUGAAUAUGUUCCAGACGGUUGGAGAGCUAUUUUUGACAUCAGGAGCGUCGCGAAGCAUUAAAAUAGCAUGCAGCUAAAACAUGCUAACCAGAGUUACAGCUGUGUUUAGCAGCAGGAAUUCACUCCAGUCUUAGCUAGCUAACAGUUUAGUGUCUUUUUUAAAAUUAUUUUAUUGCCAACAGUGAGUUGAGUUGUCGUUGACAUUUUGGUUUAAAGUGUACACUGCAACGACAUUUCCACAGAAUACCAGUACGACAGCGUGUUAGUCGAAAUAACUUUGACAUGAGCAGCUGCUAAACAUCUGGCGACGAACCUGUUAGAGUUACCUGAGCGUCCUCCAGUGAAGCCGUCAACGAUGUCCGUCAAUGGGAAAGUCAUCCCGCACACCCCGCUGGCUGUGGACUUCUGGUAUGUUCGGAAAUGUCCAGGUACCCGGCUGUUCUUUCUGUCCCACAUGCACAGCGACCACACCAUGGGUUUGACCUCCACCUGGAGCAACAGGCCCAUCUACUGCUCACCGACCAGCGCCGCCCUGCUCAGACUCAAGCUGCAGGUGAAAGAGCAGUGGAUCCAUCCUUUGGAGCUCGGUGAGCCAAACCUGCUCCCGCUGGACGACAUCGGCAAGGAGAGGCUCACGGUCACAUUGAUAGAUGCCAACCAUUGCGCAGGAGCAGUCAUGUUUCUCUUCGAAGGCUACUUUGGCUCUAUCCUGUACACUGGUGACUUUAGAUACACUCCUUCGAUGCUGCGUGAGCCGUGCUUAAGGACCAACACCACUAUAGACGUCCUGUACCUGGACAACACCAACUGUGACCCCAACCGAACUCUGCCAACCAGACAGCGAGCCACUCAACAAAUCAAAGAGAUCAUUCGCAGGCACCCCAACCACACUGUUGUCAUAGGCCUGUAUACACUCGGCAAGGAGUCCCUACUGUUGGAUCUGGCGAUGGAGUUUAAAACCUGGGUUGAAGUGAGCUUUGAGAGGAUGGAGACCCUCAAAGCUCUGGAGCUGCCUGAUGUCUUCACUACUGAGACAGGGGCCGGUCGGAUCCGAGUCGUGAAUCAAUCAGAGAUUUCUGCUGCCGCUUUGUACCAGUGGAACAAAGAUCAACCCACGUUGGCCAUCUUGCCCACCAGCAGGCCGUUGGUCUCCUUUCACCCCAGCGUCCACGUAGUGCCCUAUUCAGACCACUCCUCCUACCAAGAGCUGGAGGAUUUUGUCUCUGCGCUCAAACCUACCUCCCUUGUACCUAUUGUGGGAAACUGUGUUCCUGGAAGUCUCUCUGCCUUGCUGCCAAGUAAAAAGCGCCAUGAAAUCCUGGUACCGGAGUCAGUCCGACACUACAUGUUGAGACAGCCUGAGAGGCAGCUCAGCCCAUCAGCAUGCAUGAGCCUUCAACGCAGGCACUUCCGACCUCUUGAUCCUAAAGGUGUGAUAUUUGAGUCUCCUAUAAGUGGAUGUAGUAGGUCAUAUGAAGAAGCCUGGGAGGCAGAGUGCCUGGAGCAAGAUGGAUCUGAGGAAGAGAUGGACACAGAAGGUAGCGAAAAGGACUCUGACUGCAUCCUUGUAGACCUGAGCACACAGCUCAGCCCUGACAAAAACAAAAGACAGACUGGAGACAUGUGGAACCUUAAUAUUGUCCAGACAGUCUCUGAAGAAAUGGUGACGACAGAGUUGGAACCAUUCGAUUCAUUCUCCCAGAGCAGCUUUGCUCCAGUGGAGAUCUUAACCAACACCAAGGCCUGCGUGAAGCCUGUCAGGACCACAAGAAGGCCUUUUGAAGCUAAUGCCAAAAUAAUCAGUAAUCACCAUAGCGGACAUGGAAAUGUUGGUAACAACCACACAUCAUCAGAUGGAGAUAGCAUGAGUCAGCACAGUGAGAUUGAUCAGAAUGACAGCGUGACAUUAUUUCAGAACAUCUCCGAUCGUGAUUCCAGCACUUCAUCCAGCUCCUCAGUUGUGCUGCAGCUUGAAUAUAUUGAGGAGCUUGAAAACAGGCUUUUAAAGAAUCUGCCUUUCUCAGAGGAGGACAUUAAGGCCCGUGGCCUCCUGCAGAACAGCUUUGUUUAACACUCUCUCCUCUGUACCUUUGUGCGAUUCAAACAAGGAUGACAUGUCUGAUUUAUAAUGUGAUUUGAUGAGUUUUGCCUUCUUUCAAAGGCCUUUUUGUGUUUCUGCGUGUUGAUAUAAUGCACUUUAAAUAACUGUUCUGUCAUAGGUACCUUCUUAUUUAAGUUUCUUUGUGGUGCCAUUUUUCUGUUGGUGGAUUUUUAAAGAGUGUUGUGAUCAGAAGGUCUUUGGACUGGAACAGUUCAUGUGACAGACUAACAUUUGCCCUUACUGUUUCCUCCUGGUGUGUAAAAUAAGGGCAGGAAAUGGUUAUUAAAAACUAUCAGUGUUUUGUUUUUUUAUUGACAAUAGGUUAAACUGAAGCACAGCCUUUUCUGUUAGUAAUUUGUCACAUUUAGAGGGUUUUCCACUACUCUGUGUUGGCCUGCUUUAGCUGCACUGAACAACAAAGACAUUUCCACUGCGGCCUCCCAGCUGCUCAAUAGGAGGAUCGACCACUUUUGCUUUUGUCCAGUGAACUGCGCUGGAGACUACAGAGUUUUAAAAAGUGUCUUUAGUGUACUUUGUGCUUUUGGAGCUUCUCUCUGAAUCUAUGUGAUUUAGAUUUGGGUUUCACUCAUGUGUCCUUGUUUGUACGGAUACGAGCCUUAAUUUACUGGUUACUGAUGGUUCUCAGCUGUGCCAGAGCUGGCUGAAGUCAUGACUUGUGGAUGAUGGUGGCACAGCUCAGCAUGACUAACCACCCCAGUGGGAAAACCCCAUAUUGUCACAUGUAGACGUGUGUUUAUUACUGAUUAUCGGGUUUACCACCAUCCUGAAAAGCACAAUCAUUGUUUGUCUUUCUACUGUGAUCACCUGAAAGUCAGAGUCAGCGAAUUUUGGACUUCUGUGAGUCACCAAAGGAUGUUUCUGCAGCAAAGUGAGUUCCAAGCCAAAAGUCUAUUCAUUCUAGCCUAAAAGUUACAAUGAUGUAAGGAAAAGCUUAAAAGCAGUCACAUAUUUGCCAAAUGCCACAUCAGCCUUUUUAAUUUAAACACAAAGUUUUGACUGUGUAAGCAAAGUCAUUUUUAGGAUCAUAUUCUUACAGUGAUUUUCUGCUGGAACUUACUUUUAAAUUGGAAUAGUGAUGUUAAAGAUCAGUUGUGGUGUUAGUAUAAUGUGUGUUUUGAAUUUUUGAGCCAAGAGGACGUUGCUACACUGGUAGUCUAUAUUUACAAAAACUAGCUUGUACUUACUGUGAUUGUUUUUAACUCUGGUUGUUGUACAAAAUAAAGCAUUUCCCCCUCAAUACAUAAUGUAGCCACUAUGACAAUGAUCUUCCCUUUGUUAAUCCACUACUGAAGAC